AUGCGGAUCGCGUUCAACCCCGCGCUUGGAACGACUACCCGCGUCGCGGUGCCCUCGCUCGAUGGCGAGGCGCAUAUGCGCCUGCUUGCGGUGCUCAAUGAGAAGGAGUACGCAGAGCUGAAGAAGGCGGGCGCGAUCGUGCAGGCGUGGUCCGAUAUGCCUGGCGGGGGGAGGUGCGCGGGGCAGUGGGGCGAGCUGGACUUUGUCGAGAUCGAUGCGGCGGGUGCUGCGGGCGACGAUGAGAGUGCAUUGAGCCUCGGUCCCCUCGAUGACGAGCCAUCUGCAAUAGUGGACUCGACGCAGCACAUUUUGGCCCUCCCUCUCGUGGUCCCGCUGGCGGGACGCGCGGUGGAGUUUGCGUUCACAUAUCGCCUGCUGUACCCAUCGGGGCAGGUGCGGUGGCUCGGACAGUUUGGGAACAACGGAAGGCUGGUCGUCGAGCGCGAGGUGCCGCCGGUCGACUUGGAAGGUGCUUGGGAGGGCGAUGUGGGGAGCGAGAGCGUGCUGGAUCGGACGGGUGGGGAAGAUGCGGGGUCGGUGAUCGCGCGAGUGCGGAGGCAGAGUGAGUACGAGGUCUGUGGGAUUGGGGGGCGUCCUGGUGUCGUUGGAUCGCCGACCGUGGCCUUACUGCCAAAGUCUUCGCCAGCAUCCCUCACGCGCCCUCAUCCUAUCGUCAUCAGUACCAUCCCGCACGACGCGUCCCUUCUCUACGAUGAGACCUCGGGCUCCAUCCAGCUACAUGGCAAGGCAGUCGUCCGCCUCGACGCUGGGAUCCCCGCCUCGCACACUAGCGAGAUGUCACCCGAGGUCCCAGGCUUCGCUGUACUCUGGGCCAAACAUUCCGACCUGGUGCAAGGCGUUUUGGUGCCCCUCCCCGGCGUGCUCUCGCAGGGCCUGCGCACGGUGAAGAUGGCGUUGGCACCAUUCGGUAUCAAGGAGGGCAUGCGAUACGUCGUGCACUGUCCGCUGAGCGGGCAGACGCGCACCGCGCUCGCCGAGAGCAUGGAGCCCACCGUGAAGCUCACCAUACCGCCAUCUGGUGGCUCGUUCGCGAUUGCACCGCUUCGCACCCUGGGCCCGCCUGUGGAGACCGCCAUCCUUGUACCACAUGUUGCGUUGGCGGACUCAGCGCUGCCUACUCCGCCUCCUUCGCCUCCCCAGGUCAUCACGCCCCUGCCCUCCCUCGCGCAGGUCGUCGCCGAGGCUCCCGCGCCCAAGACCGCUGCCGAGACCCCGGGCCCCUCGCCCGUCAGCCCCCAGCGCUCGCAGCACUCAACCGCUUCGCCUAAGACCAAGUCGUCGGCCAGCUCCAUCGCCCCGCCACCUCCCAAGCGCCGCAGCUUCCUCUUCCGCUGCCUCAAGUUCAUGUUCCUCCUCCCCUUCGUCUUCGCCGUCGUCUUCUACCGCGUCGUCAUCAAGCGCCGCGGGCGAAAGGCGAUGCUCAAGACGCCGUCGAGCCCGCGCUCCGUAGUGUCCGCCGUGCCUCCUGAGCAGCAGGCCCCCACCCAAGCCUCAGCUCCUCCCGCGGUGGUCCGCCAGGAGUCCACGCGGCCGCCCACCGUGACCGCCGCGCCAACGCACAUCCUCCACGCCAACGUCGCGCCGGGGAAGACAGCCAUCCUCCUCCACCCUUAUGAUUCCACGCUCGACGAGCAUGUCACGUACGAGAUCGACGGAAAGCCGAUUCACGAUACGAUCACGACCCUCACCGACGACGGCCUCCUCGCCACCUUCGACAGUGGCAAGGGCGGCCUCCUCAAGAUCACCUACGCUUGA